AAAAAAAAACUCCUCUAAGACUUAUUGCAAAGGCUAAAGGCACACUAAUACAUCAUCAGCAUCAACAUUAUCAUUAAUAGUAUUAUAAUUGUGUGAUACCUCCUCCCUACAACGACUUUGAUUCAGUGUUUGGAGUAUUAAAACAAUUUUAAUAGAUUAUUAAACAACACAACAUAUUUAUUUUGAUUGUCAAGCCUUCAUCAACACAAAAUGUAUAGCAAUAAUAACAACAAUCAGAAGGGUUUAUCCUAUUAUUUAUCAUUACCAUCAUAUUAUUUGGAUAAGAUUUUCCGUACCAUCUUUUAUUAUAUUGGAUAUGCUACUGCUACAGUUCCUAUAUUAUUUAUUGUGAUUGCAGUGAUUUUUACUGCCGGAAUUGGUGUGGGAAUUAAAAACAUUCAAUUAAUCACUGAUCCUCAAGGUCUUUGGGUUCCACCUGACAGUGAUACUGUGAAACAAAAGAACUAUUUCGAUGACCAAUUCUCACCAUUCUUUAGAAUUGAACAAAUGAUUAUUUUCCCUAAAAACACUUCAAUUACGAAUGCAAUCAAUGUGGACAUGAUGGAAGAAUUAUUUCAAAUUCAAAGAGAAAUUGACAGUAUUAAAAUUUAUGAUGGAAAUUGUUCAACAGCACCUAUUACACUUGAUGAUUUAUGCUACAAGCCUAUUCCAUCUAAGGGAUGCAUGAUUCAAUCACCACUUCAAUUUUAUCAAAUGAAUUACAACACUUUCGAAACUGGAAAAAACCAACUCGUCAAUCACGUAUACUUGUGCACUCAAAGAAUUAGUUUAUCCCCAAUUUGUUUAUCAGAUAUUGGUAUUCCUCUUUAUGAUAAGCAAAUGUUUGGUAAAGUAUCCUACAAUGCAACAACAUCAUAUGCCACAGCACAGGCACUUAUUGUCACAAUACUUCUCAAUAAUGAUAAUGUGACAGCUGAAAGAGCUUUAUUAUGGGAAAAGGAAUUUUUGAAAGUUGCUCAAAAACCUCGUACUUAUUCCACCAUUUAUGUGUCUGCUGAAAGAUCUGUACAAGAUGAAUUGGCUGAUGAAACCAGUGGAGAUAUUUCUACAGUUCUCAUAAGUUAUGCUGUAAUGUUUGUUUAUGUUGCCAUUUCACUAGGUCAAAUUCACCCAAUCAAAUCCAGAAUUAUCAUGGGUCUUGCUGGUGUGAUUAUUGUGGUAAUGUCAAUUGUUAUUUCAGCUGGUAUUUGUUGUCUGGCAGGUGUACCAGCCACAUUAAUUAUUAUGGAGGUCAUGCCUUUCCUUAUUCUUGCUAUUGGUGUAGAUAACAUGUUUAUUAUGGCUAACCAUCUUGAUCAAGUUGUUAAAAGAAAGGGCUCCAAGUUAACAGUUGCUGAGGCUAUUGCUGAAACAAUGGCUACUGUCGGUUCUUCAAUGACCCUUGCCUCAAUUUCUGAAUUUUUGGCUUUCAUGCUUGGUAGUUUGACCAAAAUGCCUGCCGUACAAGCCUUUUGUAUCUUUUCAGGUGUUGCAAUUAUUGCAAACUUUGUUCUUCAGGUUACAUGUUUCUCUGCUUUAUUAUCUUUGGAUUUGAGAAGAAGACUUUCUAAUAGAUUGGAAUUGGAACCUACUGUCGUUAUUACUAACAAGUACUUCACUAGAGAUUGGAUCAGUAUUGCAGGAGGAGCCAGAUUUAUCAUGAAAAAGAUUAUUGCACCAAUUGUGACAUUCCUUCCUGUGAGCUUUUUCAUUCUAAUUGUUUUCCUUGGUCUAUGUGGUGCCUCUAUUUAUGCUUCCAUGUUUUUGAGCCAAGGUCUUGAUCAAAUUACUGCCUUACCAACUGGAUCAUAUCUUGGUGAAUACUUUUUAAAACAAAGAGAAUAUGUUGAUUUAGGACCUCCUGUUUAUUAUGUUACAAAGAAUUUGGAUUAUACUUCACAUGCAGUUCAAGAUCAAAUGAGUAGAAUGAUGAAUAUUGUUGCAGAAACCGAGUAUUUGGAUAGAGGAAGUAUUCUUUUCUUCUACACAGAUUUCAAAAAGUGGGUUUUGAGUAAUGAAUGCUCACACAAGAACGUUUCUGCAAGCCACGUACCUCCUGAACACUAUGUAGAAUGGCUAAAGGAAUUCCUUCAACAAGAAGAAUGCUGUAAAAUUAAUUUCCAAGUUGUCCCACUUUGUGGCUUCCAAUUUAAGCAAGAUGUGAAAUUCUCUGCUGAUGGAAAAUCUAUUGAUGCAGCAAGAUUAAUGACACAAACCAAGACAUUGGUAACACAGGAAGAUUUUAUCAAUAGUAUGAAGUCAUCAUACUUUACUUCCACUUAUCUUUCCAAUCCACAAAAGUAUAGUCCAACCAGCGGUUUUGGUCCACUUGAAACCUAUCCUUAUAGUAUUUAUUAUAUUUAUUUCGCCCAAUAUCUCUAUUUACCAGAAAUUUCAGCAAUGAACAUUAUGAUUGCUAGUGGUGCAGUUUUCCUUACUACUUUAAUUUUACUAGGCUCUCCAGUUGCCUCAAUCUAUGUUUUGAUUUGUAUUUCCAUGAUUUUGACUAAUUUGUUGGGAAUUAUGGCAGUUUGGGGUAUUUAUGUAAAUGCUUUAUCUGUUGUCAACUUGGUAAUGUCAAUUGGUAUAAGUGUUGAAUUUUGUGUACAUAUUACUAGAGCAUUUAUGAAAGCUAGAGGAACCCAUAAAGACAGAGUAAAGAAGGCCAUGAUUGAAAUGGGCUCAUCUGUCCUUUCUGGUAUUACCUUCACCAAAUUUAUUGGUGUAAUUGUCCUUGCCUUCUCCCACUCUGAACUUUUCAGAAUUUAUUACUUUAGAAUGUAUUUGUCUAUUGUAGUUUCUGGAGCUCUUCAUGGUUUAUUAUUCUUGCCUUCUUUACUUUUAAUUGCUGGUCCUCAACAAGAUCCAGUUGCUAAAAUUAAGGGAGAAGAAGAAGAUGAAGAAGAAGAACAAGCAGAUGUUAACAUUGAAGGAAGAACUGGUUUUGUCAACCCACACAUUAUUGAAGAUGACGAAGAAACCAACUAAACCUAGGAAUAAAUUAUUUGAGAAUCUU